GUCACUGUGUGUAAUCGAAACGGAAAGAGAAGAAAGGAGAAAUGGAGCGAUCAUUCGCGACUCAGCGGAUCCGCGAGUCACGCGUCGUCCAACGGGACACGCGAGACUGAUGAGUCACCAGCGGCGAUCUCAGGGCGAAUCCUUCAGCGCUGGGAGAACCGUCGACGUCGACGAAAUUGAUUAACUCGCGAGAAGAAGGGAAGUUGUUGCGGAGGGAAGCCGUAAGCCGAGUUCGCAUCCAAGUCGGAUCGAUUGCUAAUUCUUUUCCCUCUCUCUUCCCGCCUCUCUGUCUCCCCCUUCCUCCGCCAUCUCUGGUAAUUGAGUGUCAUCGUACACUCGGACUCGAGUUUCAGGACAAAGUGAUAAACUCGCCGGCCGGGGGAUCAUCUCGUCGACGCUCGAAACGGCGUGAUGAUCGUGCGUCACGACGCGUGUUCGUGCCCAUAAGAAGAUAGCUAUAAAGCGAGCGAACGAGAGAGAGGGAGAGAGAGAGAGAGAGAGCGCUUGAUCGAUGAGACUCGCGACACACAUAUACACGCACUUCAUCGGCACACUUGGGUGAACUUUCACUUGCCUUACAACGAAAGUAGCGCACCGAUCGCGCGAGAACCGGGGGAGGAUUCGAAACAUUUCGCGGAAUAUUUGCCGGUGCGCGCUUGCGGCUGAAUGUUUGAAAAGGCGACAAUCGAAAUGUCACGAACAAUCGUUCGUUAACGCCAAACUAAUCCAUUGAUCUCCGCCGCGGUUUCUGUCGCCCCGUGGUGAGACGGUGGUUGAACCCCCGCCAAGUUCGCUGCAGCCAUUCACCCUGCGAAAGGUAAUGAAACGCCGACAUGAGGCCGCCUUUCACGCCAUGUGUUCAGAGAGAACGCGGAUUUAAUACACGCGACGUCAUUUCUUAUAUUUUUAUGAGAACCGGAUCGAGGAGAGGAUCAAUUCACGGACGCUGCUUCCGAUGAGACGGCACAAAAGCGCUCGCGGAAACUCGCAGCAAGUUGCGAGAUCGCUCGACAAGCUCGUGACUCUCUCUCUCUCUCUCUCUCUCUCUCGUAAUUGAUAUCGUCGGAAUCGCACCUCUUUGAACUCCAAGGCUGGCUGAGCGUAAAAAUUCGCCUAAGUUGAACCGGUGUCUAAGGGAGGAUUUGAAGAGGAAGCGGGUGUUGGGAUCCAAAAAGAUAGAUUUGCAAAGUGUCGCGCGAUGGGCCGAAGACAAAGGCGCCGUAUGGUACCGAAACAGGAUCGCAGAAUUUGUGCGUGUAUAUUCCUUUGUCAGUUCACCCUCGUCAUCAGUUCCGUGGCCUUGAUUUAUCUUAGCGUGGCGAUUUACACUCCGUCGCACAGGGCUUUCCGCGCCGGUAUCGAACCGGAACCGGUGAUGUGCCAAACCGUUAACUCCACGAUGGUGAACAAUUGCGGGUGGGCGAGCUGCGGCGAGUGGUGCUUGACCAAAACCAGCGGCUUGUGCAACCAGAUUCACGCGACCGUCAGACGUAACGGCACCGACGUGGUUUUCGAGAAUUGCACCAAGUUCAGCACGAUCGCGUGCCCUCAGGUGAACAUGGGCAGCAUGAAAAAGUACAACUGCAACAACGGCAGCGAGUGCGGCAUGUUGUCGGGCGUGUUCAACUGCAGCCUUGGCCAUUGCGCUAACAUGAGCGAGCUGAUGCUUUGCCACCACAAGGCCGACGGUAUCAUCGUCGACAGCGAGAAGGACAAUAUGAAGCUUAACGGCUACUUCAGCUGUCAGAAUUCUCGGUGUACGAAAAUCAAAAGCGCCUUCACGUGUGAUCGAUACUGCCCGAACAUCACCACCGGCGAGAUCAACGUGUACCUCAUGCAGGACGAUAACGUCAUUUCCGCCAGGUGCUCUCGAGGGAUGGCCCGGAACAGGGCGAACGGCAGCUUGCCUGGUACCAGGCUGGACGAGCCCGUCAAAAUCUGGGAUGAUCAGAACGGUAGCAUUGUCGCGAGCUGUUAUAACGUCAAGCAGGAUGGCGACGUCAUCAGCACGGAGGAUUGUGUGAAUGGCACCUUGGUGGGCAACAUCCAGGUUCCGCAACCGUUCAUUAACUUCACGAGCUUCCUGAAAAUCUACGAGAAGAGCUUACGGUAUCCGGUGGAUCCUACGAACGCCUAUGUCCCGGCACAACAGUCGCUGACGAUCUACAACAGUUCGCGACUCUACAUUAAUCUGGAGCGCUGCGUCAACACUUUGAGGGGCGAAUGCAAGCAAUUUCACCUCACCCACGGUCGCGACGGUGACAAUCAGACCGCACAGAGCAGAUAUCCCUGCUAUUACAACAAGAACAACUCGUUGUUCGUGGUGGCUCGCUUCGACCUGAGGAAGACGAGGACGGAGCUGUUGAUCGCCGUGAUCCUGCCGUCCGCGCUCUUCCUCAUCAGCCUGAUCAGCCUAAUCAUCAUCAGUCAAUCGGUGCGGGUGGGAGACGACACGAGGAUGCGAUGCAGGUAUUGCGACAGCAAGCAGGAGGUCGAGGUUGAGGACGAGGGUCUGGUGGAGGCGACGUCGUCCACUCAGAGUCAAACCAACGAGAACGAGAUCCGGAAUUUGGCCCUUUAGCAGUACAAGCCGCUUGGGUUGGGCGGCACACUCGGUUACGAGAGGCUGCCGUUGAUCGAUGUCGACGACGCCGAGGAUUCCUUCUAGGAAGUGCACGAUCUCUCGGCCUCUCAGAGCGUCGUCGCGAUCCCGAGCGUUUCCGGACGGAAAACCAGCUCGGAAAGUCACGCGACGCUCGAACGCAGGUCGACACGCAUCCGAGUUAACGCGUAUAUCGGCGAAGCCGAAUUUACAGACGGACAUUAACCGGUCGUCUUCCGGGAUGAGGUGUGUAUCUUUAUUAACUCUUCUCUUCUCGCCCACGACGCACCGUCGUCGUCAGGUGCGUACGAUAACGAAUUCGUCGGUUGAUCUCUGCCGGCGAGACUCUCAUCGAAAGUAAAACCCGGUCGGGGUAAAAAGCCUUUUUACACGUGUAUCAGCAGCCGAGCAUGAGAACUGAUAUUUAUACGCCGAUAUUCUCACCUUCGUUGCCUUCGAUGUAUCGCUAGCACGUUUGUUUGUUUGCGCGCGCGCGACGACGACGACGAACGAAUGAUCGGUCACACCGUCAAUUGGUUGACGGCGUCGAGAGAUGUUUUUCUCCAGAUUAACGUUAAGGGCACUUUCGUCUAGAGUGUAUAUGUGAUGUGAAAGUAUGUAAUGGAGCUCGUUUAAUGCCGCCGUGUUCCAACGAAAAAAGAAUAGCCUUUACACACCGAUGAAAAUCAGGUGGCAUUGAACGAUCGUUCUCGCGCGAUAUGCGCGCGUGUGAUCGCGCGCGAGUGAAACGAGAGAGAGGGGGGAGGGGGGAGAUGUUUAACCGACGGAAAACAGAGGGAUAUAUAACAGAGAUACGAACGAACGAAAGCCGAGGGAUCCGUUACGGAGCAUUUCCCGACGUUUUUUUCUACGUGUGCUACCACGAUAGUAUCUGCGCGAGACGCGCACACGCAUAAAGAGCAACAAGCAAGAGAAAAAAACGUGCGAGAACGAGCUUUCUUCGACAUACAAAGUAGAUAGCGGACGAUAGCGGGGUGAUAGCGGAGCGAUUCUGCGUUCGUUUAAUUUAUUCGACCAUCGGCGAACGUUUGUAUUUUUUUUCUACGUCCACAUGUGUGCGUAUCGCGCGCUCCAAUACGACGCUAUUAGAGGCGCGAGCGAUACCGCUGCUAAUUCACGAGGACGAACGUGCGUAUCCGAUCUAUCGGCCGAGUGAAAGCAACCCCCGAAAGCGAUCUCUUGUUUCUGAUACGCGUGUCCGAACGCUACGACUGCCUAUACGUAAAUUAUUUGUACAGUACAUUGUAUACCGCAUACAUAUUCGCGCGAUGUAAGUAUAAAGCAUGCGCAACACGCUUUCUCUCAGCGAGACGUCGAUGUUAUUCGCGGUGUAAUCGAUUAACGCCAGUUUGAUGUGUGUAUCCGAAGUCGACGAAAAACACGAUCUCGUCGAUAAACGAGAUGAACACUCGAAGCGGCGAUAUCAACGAGCGCUACGCUUAAUUAAGAGUACCGAUCCCGAGAAUGAGCCGUCGGAGAGGCGCAAUCCCGUGAAAAUUACUCGUCGCUUUGCGUUACUCAUAGCAACACGCUUUUCUAUUCCCGACGUUUUACCGAAGCAAGUAACUCUGGAAAUAAACGACUAGCGAAUUAUUACGGAUUACGAUCGCAAUUUGAUCUCCACACAAAAUAUGACGUAUGCAUUCCUUUAGAAAGAAAAAAAGAAAGAAAAGAUUUCUUUACUUAUCAACCGUGGGAAGGAACGCAUAUAUUUUAUGCGAUACUUAGCUGAGGUUUGUAAAGAGAGAUUGAUGCGUAUAAAUAUUCACGUGUUCAACAUCGCAAGGCUAUUAAUAGGUUUUGAAUAGGCAAUAAGUAAAUAGAGUAUCACGCAAGCAAACACAUGUACACGCAAGCCGGCUAGCUAGAAACGACAACCAGGAAACAAGGAACAAAGACUUCUCUAACGUCACUGUAUUCUAUGUGCCUUCUUCCGCUUUCGAUGGAGCCAAUAACUAGGUGUAACUAUUAAUAUACUUACGAGAGUGCUAUGACCAGAAACAAGUUCGCAUGAUAUCUCUUUCACUCUUAGAUACGACCGUUGCGAUUUGUAUUUCUGUUACGGAUACGAGUACAGACAUGGACGAGCCUAAGUCAAAGCCCGACCUCAUGUACUUGCGUUUGUACUUACGUUUUGUACGUGAAAAAAUCAUGGUACGGUCACGAGAGUAUUCUAAUGGACGUACAAGGUGUCUAGUAAUUUCUGGCAUACCGCUGGUGCGCAGAUAGAAUGAAUAAACUGUGCAGACCAAUUUCUUCACCAUUUUGCAACUACGUAAAAUUAGAUUAGGUUACUCUGAACAAAAAGUCUCGUACCAUUUUGCAAAUAACAAAUUUCUGAAAUAUGAAUUAAAGAACCCUCCAUACAUGGCCAUUUCCGGUAAUUAAUAACUCGAAUUUCACGUGACUUGUUCGCAAAAUGGUACAGUACUUUUCUGCUCAGUUUAACCCGUUCUAUCCAUAAGCGACGUGCUAAAAAUUACCGAACACCCUGUAUAUAAAAUAUUUAUAUAAAUAUCAUUCAUACGCAAUUCAUACAAUUAUUAUUUCCUUGGAACUAAUGAAACGACCGUGUGGCGAAUGACCGGAUUAAUCAACGAAAGUAUUAUCAAAAUGAUUUUUAAAAGAUAUAUUGAUUACGAGGGAACAAUAAAGUGAUCAGUCGUUGAUAGAGGAUAUGAACAUCUAACGAGCGAUUGUGUAUGUAUAUGGUCGAUUCAUUGCACGUUUUGAACAGGAGAGAGAGAGAGAGAGAAAAAGAGAGAGGCGUGGAAGGAGGGAGGAGAGAGAAUAAGAAAUUCUCUUUAUGUCUGUGAAAUUACGAAAGUAGGAUAUACAUAAAUCCCAUGGUAUAUUUGUCAACGCGUGACUUUAAAUUGAACAUUCCUGUGAAGCAUGUGUGUGUUUAUGCGGAUUGUACAUGACAUCUCGUCUUUUUUGCUUCUUUUUUUUUUUAAUAAAGUUUCUCCAUGUACAAAUUGCUGCGAUUUAUCCUCUUUCACUUCGCACAUUCGAAUUAUUUCCCACGACGAGAGUAAUUAAUAUAUUCGCGUGAAAAUUGCUCCCGCGAUCCAUUUGCAAAACGCUCGGUAAAUGUCUCACGUUUGCGCGACUAGAAAAUAUGGAGAAUGGGACAUGAGGGAACUCUUUCGGACGCAUUUUCCCCGCAAUGAAAUAAUAGAGAUGCGCGUGAGAGUGCGUCAAACCGAGAGAGGAGCUUUUUAUCUCAUCAAGAAUGCUCCUUCUUUCAUUCGUGAUGGAAGUACGAUGCGCACAUUGUGGGACCAUAAUAAAAUAAUAUCGCCGUACUUUGCGUGUCACGAGGCACUUCGUGCCGAGGGCAUCUCUCUCGAGAGGCGCGCAAGUACGAAAUGCCUCUCAUACCUACCGCGGCCUUAUAAUACCACCCAUGCAAAUUAAUCUACCGCGAGGAACAUUUCUCGACCUUGACGAAACGCGAAUACUGAUUCUGAUUUUCCAUAAAUCGAAAUUACAUGGUGUCCGAUGGAAAGUUUCGGCACGGAAACAGCGAGUUAUCCCGUCCAGAUAAAAACAACCUAACAAAAGAUCUAACAAAACACAAACAAACCUUAUCAAUAAUUUAACAAAGAUAAGAAAAUAGACUAUGUAGAUGAAAAGAUAUCAAAACACAUACGAUAACAAAUAUUUUAAAUAGAUUAAAUAGAUCAAUUUGCUUUAUAUAUUAUUUAUAUUAUUAUAUUCUGAUCACAUAUCGUAAUAAUGUGUUAUUAUAAUUCGCGCUCAAUUCCUCAAAUUAUACACGAAAUGAUGAUCGUUUCCGACAACUACAUAGUCUAUUUUCCGAUCGUGCCGUAUUGAAUAUUGAAAAAAUUAAAAAACUGAUCAAAUUAACCGAGAUUGUCUGGGAUAUAAAAAAUAUAUGAAGAGAAAAAUGCAUAUGAAAAAUGGCGUUUCUUAUUUACGCAUCGAUAUAUCGCGCAAAGCACCUGCGGAUCGAUACGAUUUAGUGGGAAGUCUUAGAACGUAAACACACGUGACUACAUAAUGGAAGCUUUUAGUCGAGACUAUCGGUCAUUCUACCGCGUGUUACGUGACAGGACGGCCAACGGGCGAGUGACACGAGGAUCGGAAUACGACCACAAAAGAAUCGUACGUCACGGUGAACGAAAAGAAAGUUAUCGAGGAAGCUCCCGCGAUAUGCAAAUACGUAAAAAUAAAAAGUACAUCCUUUCGUCUCGUUAUUAAAUCAUUAUUGGAAAAUAGCGACCUGAUAUCUAUUUGUUACGCGCCGUUUACGUUGCGUUUACGUGCAAUGAUAAGUUACACGUGUGCGAGAAACGUUACAGUUGUCCUUUUUUUUUACGUAACCGUGAGAUACAACGUGCCGGAAAAAUAACCUGGGAAAGUGGAUCGUAUUUAUCGCGUCAUCCUGACACUGUGCGCGCACUUCCCUUUGGAUAUAUCCAAUCGGGACGAAAUUGAUCGCGAACGUUGAACGAAAUACCAAUCCUGCGAAACGUCGAGAAUUUACGGUAAAAAUUCUACCGAGACGAGACGAGACGACGCGAUAGGAAUUCUACCUUCGUUCUUAUGCGAGGAAGAACGUUGACGAAUGUUGAUGGCGGUCGAGCGAUCGAAUAAAGCGAGAAGACUAAACGAUAACACAUGUCGGCUUCGGUGGAGACGAACGGAGCCUGAUGAAAAUUCAUAGAUGCAAUUCCCCGUAUGGCACGUGUUACGACAAACAUGAAGACACUUAAUGAAAAGGUGUUUUUUUCUCUUUUCGACGUAGACUCGUAUACAUUAUUUGCAAACAAUUAAUUUCGUGAACUAAUGAAACGGCGUUAGUCUCUAUUCCGGCGAGCGACGUGCGAUCGAUAGCUUUCGAUUAAACAACGAAUCGCUGUCGUGAGGGUAAUACGGUAAUGCUGUUUUCCCUGCUGUUGCAAAUGAACAGCGGCACGAAGAGCGCUCAUGGGACUUAAAUGAAACGUAACUCGAUAAUUAUAUCUCGAAACUAAGAUUAAUAAAAAUAUGUAA